GUUAGGAGUUCCUAAAUAGUUUAUUCAGUAAAUUCCUAAAUUGUUGAAUCUGGCUUAUUAGUAAAUUUCUUUCUCAAAUUACUGGUAUUAUGAUGAAUUUUGCAGUAUAGAAACUAACUUUAAUAUGUUCAAUUUAGAUUGGGGUUUUUUUGAUAUUGUGUUAGUAGUGGUGUAUUUAACUGCAUCGUGUGUGUUUAAUUUUACAGUUACUUUGAAUCCUCUGGUUUCUACUUGUAUACAACGCCGAUUCAAACCUACCCGUCUCCCACAUCAAGUCUAACUCAGGUUCAAUGGCUCCGGAUAGAGAUGCUCCACCUGAAAACUCACAAGAAAACUCACAAGAAAGAGAUGCUCAAGAAAGAGAUGCCACGGAUACAAAUGCUCCACCUGAUACUGAAGCAAAAGAAGUUGCACGAGGCAUCACCAUUAUGAAGGGAAUCAUUCGACAUAGAGACCAAGGAUUAGUAUACCAUUUGGAUUGGAAUUCUGAUAAACAAGCAAUUGGUCCUAAUUCUGCAAAGUUGACAAGCUAUAUUGGUACACUUGUUCGUAUGCAUAUUCCGGUCUCCAUAGCUAAAUGGAAUCUUAAAAGCGAAGAGUUGGAUGCAAAAAAAAAAGCGAUUUGGGACGAGCUUCAGAGGACUUUUGAGAUACCAGAUGAUCGUAGACGCUACAUACUUAGUUUGGCCGGCAAAAGAUAUAGAGGGUGGAAAGCUUUUUUGACAAACACCUAUCUUAAGGAUAAAGAUGGAAACUUUCUUGAAGAGGCACCGGGACGGCCAAAAAAGUAUGAGAUCUUCAUUGAUGAAAAAGAUUGGGCUGAGUUUGUAAAGCAAAGAGAUGAAGAUUUUCGGAAAAGGAGUGCCACGAAUAGUGCGAGAGCAUCCAAACCCGCGUAUCCAUCCAAUACACAUGAUGCAAUCUUUUGGAUUUCUAGGUGGUGUGAUGCGGAGCGGAAAAAGGUUUCCGAAAACUUGUAUCGCGCCAAGUCAAUGCACACCUUAUCAUAUGCACAUGCGAUAAGAUGCUUCAUUUUCGGGAAUCUCAUCCAUUUUGACAUCGGUGCGUGA